GGCAGCUGGGGCGCCUACCGACAACCUCCUCUCAAUCCGGUCCCUAUGCCCUCUUCCCUCUUCCUCCCAACCACCACGCCUUCGUGAUUCAUCAUCUCUUUCGUUAAUUACCAGACUCUACCAGAGUCGGCGCCUUUCGCCUUCUUGUUUCCUUUCCCUCUUCUUCUUCAUUUCUCCUCCACCUAACCAUGGCUUCUCAACGAUAUGAACGGGUACGUGCUGAAUACGACGAUCGUGGCGAGGCCCUUUCAGCCGUCCCACUCCCACCAUCACGAUACCCUCAUUGCUAACAACAGUGCAACAGAUAUCUGCCAACGACGACGAUACACCUAACACACCUACCGUUCCUCAAUCCCCCCCUCCAUCCUUUCGAUCGCGCGAUUCUUCACCCAUCCCAAGACGAGUUUCACACAGUCCCCACUCUUCCGUAGAUCAAAACCUCGCCGACACAUUUGACGCAGAUGGAUCGGACAGUGAUGAGGAAACCGAUGGGGACGACAGACAGAGACUGAUGCGUGGAACGCCUUCUACUUCUGCUGAGCAAAACAACUCCGAAUCGAUAUCGGCUUCCAGCCGCCCCCCGGUGAUAGAGCGACGAAAUACACAUAUCCCAGCCUCUGUUUCACCACCGAGACCGACGCCUAAUGGAAGGGUUUAUGGAGGAGGUUCGGGUUCGGAUGGUGUAUUUGCAAAUUUGAGCGCAAAACCAGAACGAGGCGCAGAGAAAGAGGAACAUCCACCUGUAUGUUGGAAACAAAUGUUUAUUUAUAAUCCCAAGCGUUAACAUGUAACAGACCUACGAACAAGCAGCCGCAGACGCAGCGCCUCCAUAUUGGGAAACCACGAUUCUCGCUCCCGGACUCGGUGGACCAGACGAUGUUUACGUAGACGGGCUACCAGUUGGAUCCGUUUUCUCCUUCAUUUGGAAUGCUAUGAUAUCCAUGUCUUUCCAACUCGUUGGUUUCCUUCUCACCUACCUCCUUCACACCACCCACGCCGCCAAAAAUGGCUCUCGCGCUGGUCUGGGUAUUACACUGGUACAAUACGGAUUCUACAUGAAAGGCAAUAACGAACAUCCUGGACCCAACCCCGCCAACGACCCACAAUACGCUCAGCCUCCAGACCCAAAUAGUCAUGAUUUCGACCCAUCACAGGUACAGGCUGGAGCGGCGGGGAUGGAUGGAUCGUCAGGAGGGAUCGGCGAUAUUGGAGGAAGCGAGUGGUUGGCGUAUGUGUUGAUGAUUGUUGGGUGGUUCAUCUUGAUCAGAUCGGUUAGUGACUUUUUGCGGGCGAGGAGACAUGAACAGUUGAUUUUGGCGAGUCCUGAGAGAGGACUGAAUGUUCCUAUAAUUGCUACAGGGGAGGAGGCGGAGACUGUUGUCUAAACAGCACGAAACGGGAAGACUUUGAAUUUCUUCUUUUCCUUUGAGUGCAGAAAGCAGAAAAUGGAAAUUCAAGAUGAAAUUCUCCGCUAUUGGGUUUUCCUUUCUUUUAUUGUGGCUAUGUAAGAGAUACUCUUAUUGAGGUAUAUCUUGAGUUCCUCAGAGGGGGGUUUCCUUUUGUUUUUUUCUGUGUGUCAUCGUCGGCUUCUAUUAUUUAGUACCAGUAACCCCUUACCCUGGGUACCUUUUUGUCGUCUCAUUUGUUGUAUUCUUUUUCUUGGAUCAGACAGCGAGGCGUUUGUUAUCUAUGUGCAUUGAGUGAGUGGAUACUCGUAGGCAGAGAAACAGAGAAACGGAGUAAAGUAGAGUGAACAUAUACUAGAACACCGUUUUUUUUAUAUGCGUGAGUGGGUGAGUGUGUGCGUGAGUGGUUGGGAG